UAGUUUCUAUACGCAAGUUUCGAUGAGUUGGACUUCAAAUGAACUCUCACGUUUCAAGAAUAAGUACAUACGUGAAUGAUAAGUUUACGUAUGUGGCCGUUCACGCUCUCAAAUAUAUCUGACUUCGAAAGUAGUCGCGAAAUGUUUCAAAUAAACACAUCCACGGGUUCUGCUGCUGUUUUUCUCUACAAAGUGUGAAUUCCCCUAGAAAACAGGAAUUUCACGCAAUGCGUUGGGUCAAGUUGAAUCGUCAAUUCUCGUGCAGUGCUUGAAAAUUGAAAUCGUCCAGUUUGACAUUUCAUUUGACAGCUGGCAAAUUCCAAUACCCUCUGGCAAAAAUUGCACGAAAUUGAAGGUUUCUGUGUUAAUUUUUGAAAAUAGAGGGUUCAAAAUGUGCCCCAGAAUUGUCGAAUCGCUCAGAAUAUUUUGGGGAUCGCGUCAAAAAAGAUGAGUCGCCGUGGAUACGAAGUCGUUAGUAAGAUGUGAAAGUGAGGUUAAGUUUCGUCGAAUUAGCUAUGAAGAGCCCUUCGUCGCAGUCCGUAAGCAACGGUGUCACCUUGUCAAAUGGACAGCAAAAUGGUAAUUUAAAGUCCUUUGACAGACACAAAGCACGAGCCAACAAAAACGGACGAAUUGAUUCCACGAAUUUUCACCCUCCGAGCAACGGUCUGGGCAAGCAGCAGCUUGUUUCUCUGAGCGGGGGCACAAUAUGUUGCAACAGUGUAGAAAUCGACGAAGCUUUGGCUUGCGAUGUGGCGCCAGUAACAACACCAAAAACAAAAGCGCUAUGCGUGCACAUUCGAGAAAACAAAUGGUACGACGCCGGCAAUACGAUCUCGGUGGGUGUAGCUGGGUCAAGCUUAAACCAGGCCCUGGAGACCAUGCCUCUGGCUUACAGUCCAGUCAUGAAAAAGGUCUAUGCUCUAGAAGAAACACAAAACUCGAACGGCGUCCAGCAGCAAACUAAAAAUCAAGCUAUCGAGUUCUCCAACGAGUGUAACAAGAACUCAUUUAUCAACUCUCGAACGGAAACGGAAGCAAAAGAAGAAACCAGUAGUUUGAACGACAGUCCUAGAAACAGUUUACCACACUCUUGCAGCAGCACUGUCUCUUCCUUGAGUGAAUUCUCGCCCUCUGGUAGUUUCCAGGGAACUGAAGAACAGCAACAACAACAACAACAGCAACAAUCUUCUCCAGAAAAAGGCAAACUCUGGCCCUUGAAUUCCUCUUUCGUGAAGAACGUCUUCUCCUGGAAAUCAAAGGAACCUCAACGAGCCUCAAGUACCGGGAGUCCAUCACGAAACGUAGACAGAAUUGGAGGCAGCCUUGCUCUCAUCCAACAACCUCGACCCGCAAAUUUACCGGCGAAAAGUGCCGCUGAGGAGGAAAAUCACCGCAGACAGUACAGUGCAAUUUUGGAAGCUGCGCGAAAGCGAGAGUUGAAAGAGGAGCGAGAUCGUAAGAAUCAGAGAGCACAGCAGCUUAAAGAAGAGCAAAGAUUGACGGAGGAUUCUCUCGUUUGGAAUACGCAAGUUUUGCCGCAGUUUGAGUCUCUGAAAAACACGAGGAAGGUCCGGGAUCUCUGGUGGCGAGGAUUACCACCGAGUGUUCGGGGCAAGGUCUGGAAGUUGGCGAUAUGCAAUAGUCUGAACAUCACUCCACAUCUUUACAACAUCUGCUUGGACAGAGCUUUGUUGAAUCCCGUAAACGAAUCCAUGGCUGCGAUUAGAUUGGACGUUUCGAGGACCUUUCCCUCCCUCUGCGUUUUUCAAGACGGAGGACCAUUAUCGGAGAGUCUUCAGGGUGUCUUGGCGGCUUAUGCUGUCUACCGACCUGACAUUGGCUAUGUCCAGGGGAUGAGCUUUGUGGGGGGUGUGCUCGCCCUGAACAUGGACUCGACAGACGCCUUCACUUGCUUCGCAAAUCUGCUCAAUUGUCCUUGUCAUCGAGCAGCCUUCAGCCUGGAUCAGAAGCAAAUGAGUAUUUAUUAUAAAGUCUACUCUAGUGCACUCGCGAACAAAUUGCCAAAGGUCUACUCUCAUUUCUCGAUUGCUGGACUCAGUCCGGAUCUUUAUCUGCUGGAUUGGUUGUACACCGUUUAUGCGAAGGCGUUGCCUCUUGAUGUGGCUUGUCGAAUUUGGGACGUAUUUUUAAGGGACGGGGAGGAAUUUCUGUUUCGAGCGGCUCUUGGGGUUCUGCAUUUGUAUCAGGAGGAGUUGCUGACAAUGGACUUUGUCAGAGGGGCGCAAUUUCUGACGAGGCUGCCGGAAAAUAUCCAGGCGGAUGCUUUGUUUAACAGUAUUAGUCAAAUGUCUACCAUGGUGGGGACAAGCACUUUCCAGCAGAUGUUAGCUCAAGUCUCUUCGGUGUAAAUGCUUCCAUGUGAUACGGGUAGAUAGAAUUUAGCGAAAAUAUUUUACAUUUUUAAUAUUGCUAGGACGGUGCUUCGCUGCUGCGAGUUUCUUGUCGAGGGUUAGAUUCAGAUUGGGAAUUGGCCAUGGUCAAGUUUUUACUCAUCUCGUGGUAUCGCUGAGUUAGGAAAUUGUUUUAUAUUUAGUUAGAUCUUUUUAUUUUUAGUACUUUAAAGUAUAUAUUUUUUUUUAUUGAGGAGAACGAAUCACUGUACAGAAAUCGAUAGUUUAAGUUUUGUUGUGGUAUAUUUUUCCAAAGUGGUGAUAGUAGUAAAGAGUGCAAUAUGGAAUUUUUUUUCAAGUUUGAAAAAGUUAUUUAGAGAAAUUUGGGUAUUUAAGGAAAUAUUGGUUUGAAGGGUUGAUCUUGUGGAAUUAGUUAAACUUGGAAUAUGAUUUUUACUCUAUUUUAAUUCAGUUUUAUGAAUUCUUGGAGGCAUUUUCAAUAAUCAAAUUGCAAAUUUUGAAGGCUUUUAAUUUCGUUUACCAAUCAAUUUUUGAAAUUUUAAGCUUUGAGGUUUCAGGCUUUAAUUGCGUAACCCCCCCCCCCAAAUUCCAAGUUUAGUUUAUCACAUGUAAAACCUUAUAAAAUUGUUACUGAAUACUCGGUUUUAUUGUUGAUUUCUUUGUUUCUAAAUCCUUUAUGUGCAAUUUAUUUACUCCAUUGAAUAGCUGUGCCGAUGCGUGGUACUUAGAAUUCAGAUUGUUUAUUAGAAUCAUUAGAUAUCACAGAUAAAACUUAGGGUGGACCAAAAAUUCGAUUUUUGGUGAUCGAUCCUUCCUAAUUUGUUCGUUUUUCGGAAAAAGAAAUUGUAAUUCAAGUGUAUUGUUUAAGUAACGAUUUCCAUCAAUUAAAUUUUAAUUUUGACCCCCCCCCCACUCCCUAAUAUAACUAAUUUUCAAUUGUUCAAACAUUAAUUAUUUUUAAAAUUAUUUUCCCCUAUUUAUUCAUGAAAAGUUACUAUUUUCUGGGAUAAAUGAUGUAGUUGAUGAAUCUAAAAAAUAAUAUUUUUUGUUUAACAUAUUUUGCAUUUGUUUGAACAAAAUCUAUUUGCGUUUUUCUGUCCACCAUAUUAAGAAAAGUGAGGCUUUUCUGGAAUUAUACAAUUAACAAAUAUGCGGAGUAAUGUUUUUAAAAAUGUAUUUAGCAAUUAUUUAAAUAAUUUUCAUUCGUUUAACCUUUUUUUCUCUUCUGUAAAUCCUGGAAAAUUAUGCUUUUCUGGAAAUACUAAUGCAUUUAAUAUAUGUUAUAAGUGUUACUUUUUGAGAAUGAAAAUUUGCAAUUAUUUAAACAUUAGACUGUGAAACCGGGAAAAACCUGGAAAUGACAGUAAAUUUU